AUGCCGUUCAUGUCAUAUUCUCAUGUACUUGAACUACGACGGUGGUUGGAAGGGACCAGAGCAAAUGUGAUUUGUUACGGAUCUGAGGACUAUGCGGAAAAGAUCAAGAGAUGGAGUGAUACUUGUGAACGAGAUGCGGGCGCUAUAGUCGAAGUUACCUCUACAUCAGAAGUAUCUGAAGCAGUCAAAUUUGCCCGAAAGCAUCAUAUCAACUUUGUCACGGAGGCUGGCGGACAUUCCACCACUGGUUCGUCUGCUACCCACGGUGGACUGGUCAUAAGCCUGACAAAAAUGCGCCGUGUCUUGACUGAUCCUGCCUCCAGAACUGUGUGUGUCCAGGGCGGAGCUAUCUGGGAUGAUGUUAACGAGUCCACUGAUGCGUAUGGCCUGGCAGUUGUUGGAUCGACUGCCAGCCACACAGGAGUUGCAGGGACGACGCUGGGAGGUGGCUUUGGGUGGCUAACUGGGCGAUACGGGCUGAUCAGCGACAAUCUACUCAGUGUCAAAAUGGUUCUAGCAGACGGCACAAUUGCGGAGGCAUCCGAGGAGAGCCACCAGGACUUGUUCUGGGCAGUGCGUGGGGCAGGACAAGCGUUUGGGAUUGUGACGGAGCUGGUUUUCCGGGCUUAUGACCUACCCGGGCCUGUGUAUGGUGGAACGCUCAUUUUCACUGUGGAUCGAUUACCAGGAAUCCUUGAAUUCGCCAGUCGCUUCGAUGAGAAGCAGGAUCAAGACAGCGGCUUUUUCUUUGGGCUUGCGGCACCAUCGGCGGCUGAUCGUACAGCUAUCUUGGUUCUGCCAUUCUAUAACGGCAGUCAAGAGAAGGCCGAGGAGUUCUUCGCGCCGUUGAUCUCUCUGGGCCCUUCAAAAGACAAGACGUCCAUGAUGUCCUACAAAGAACUCAAUCGAAUUGCAGAUGUCGAUCCGGUCCCAGAGGGUCGGAAAUGUUUCAGUGGGACCAAAGUAUCCAUGCCACUUGACCGGCAUCUGAUCUGUGAUUUAUGGGAACAUUUCGACUCGAUUAUGGAACAGUAUCCGCGAUCAAAGAACAGCGUGCUAAUGUUCCAGCUCAUACCCUAUGAGAAGACGAUCAGUGUCCCUAUCGACGCUACAGCCUGCGCUGAUCGAGGACAAUACUACAAUGUCGCGUUGCUUCUAUGCUGGUAUGACCCUGAGCAUGACACGACAAUGCAUACAUACAUGCGGGCCCUACUCUCAAGGAUCAAGAAAUCGCCCUGUUAUGCUUGCAAAAACGAGCCUGCCGUGCAAGCCAAUGCCAAUUUUGCAGGGCAUGAGAUUGGAGCAGCUUACCUCUUCAGAGACAAUCUUCCUCGAUUGCAGGCUCUGAAGAAGAAGUAUGAUCCACAUAAUGUUUUCUCCAAGUGGCAUAAUCUCGUCUCUCAUACAGAAACUCAGUCAUGA